AAAUCCAAUAUAUAAAAGGCAAGGCUUCAUCUCCAAUGGAAGCAUGAUCUUUUAAGUAAGAGUCAUCAAAAAAGAGAAAAAGCCAACCACACUUCGGAGGGGCUUCAUUACCUUCGAAGGAGUUGGCAAUUGAAUUUGUUGCCCCUCCAAUUUUUUUUUCAUUUUUAAUAAAAAAAUUUACGAUUAUGUCGAGCUCGGAUGAUGCUGAGAGGAAGAAGCGGAUCGCUAUAAUUGUGGUCUCCUCUUUCCUCUUAGUGGCCGUGGUGGUGGCGGUGACGGUCGGGGUUAGCAUCCAAGAAGAGGAGAGCGACUACGACGACAGAACCACAGAUGGGAAUAAACACGCUCAGGUUACUUCCUCCAAGAAGGCUAUCAAAAUGAUUUGUCAACCAACCACUUUCAAGAGAACAUGUGAAGAGCAGCUCCAACAAGAAGCUGGGAACAAGACGGAUGUUAAAGACCUAAUUCAAGCGGCGUUUAAGGCAGCCAUAAAGUACGUGGAGCAAGCUCAGGCGAAUUCCACCCUUUUGAGGGAUCUGGAGAAAGAUGAAGGGACUAGAAGUGCUUUAGAUGCCUGCAAGAUUUUGUUGAAUUCUACCAUGAGCGAAUUUAAUAAGUCACUUGAACUUGUUGACAAGAUAGAAGUUAAUACAGUGAAUAAAUUGUUGGGUGAUAUGAAGAUUUGGUUGAGUGCUACCAUUAGUAACCAACAAGCUUGUUUAGAUGGGUUCGAAAAAACCAAAUCAAAAACAGAAGCUGGGGAGAAAAUGAAGAAGUUCUUGAACAUCACGAUGCAACUCAGUAGGAAUGGUCUUGCCAUCGCCUGUGAGUUAUCGGAGCAACUUCAACAGUUGGAGCUUGCCGGAAUGUUUGAACGUCGCCGUCUUCUCCAAGACGAAGAUGGACUUCCGGUUAUUGGCCAUUCUGAUUGGACUUCCUUUUUAGAACGAAACAAGGAAUGGAAUCGUCGCCGUCUUCUUCAAGACGAAGAUGGACUUCCGGUUAUUGGCCAUUCCGACUGGACAUCCUUUUUAGAACGAAACAAGGAAUGGAAUCGUCGUCGUCUUCUUCAAGACGAAGAUAGACUUCCGGUUAUUGGCCAUUCCGAUUGGACAUCCUUUUUAGAACGAAACAAGGAAUGGAAUCGUCGCCGUCUUCUCCAAGACGAAGAUGGACUUCCGGUUGUCGGCCAUUCCGAUUGGACAUCCUUUUUAGAACGAAACAAAGAAUGGAAUCGUCGUCGUCUUCUCCAAGACGAAGAUAGACUUCCGGUUAUUGGCCAUUCCGAUUGGACAUCAUUUUUAGAACGGAACAAGGAAUGGAACCGCCGCCGGAUGCUCCAAGAAAGCGAAGACCUCUCCGUUAUUGGGCACAUGGACAUUGAUCUCGAAAUUCCAGCAGGAGCUAGGAGAUUGAUGUCGACUGAUUUGAAGCCUGAUCUUAUUGUUGCCCAGGACGGUAGUGGAGACUGUAAAACCCUUAAUGAAGCCAAACAAAGAAUCCCUCCUGGAUCCACUAAGCCUUUCGUCAUUUAUGUCAAGGCCGGAGUUUACGCUGAGAAUAUUGAUUUCACCUCCGAUUUGACCCAUGUUGCACUGGUUGGAGAUGGUAAAGAAAAAACCAAAAUCACUAGUAAUAUCAGUACUGGUCCCGAUGGAAAACCCACUACCUACUUCACUGCUACCGUCGGUGUUGAUGGAGACCACUUUUUUGCCAAGAACAUUGCGUUCGAAAACUCAGCCGGGCCAUUGAAAGCACAAGCAGUGGCGUUAAGGUUACAGUCAGAUUUUGGAGUGUUCUACAACUGCUCGAUAGAUGGUUACCAAGACACACUAUACGUAUUCAGCAAACGCCAAUUCUUCCGUGAAUGCACCAUUUCUGGAACAAUCGAUUUCGUAUUCGGCGAUUCAGCGGCGGUCUUUCAAAAAUGCAAAUUCCUUGUCCGAAAGCCACAGUCAGGACAACAAAACGUUGUUACGGCACAAAAAAGAUUAGACCAUAACCAGCCCACAGCUUUUGUGAUCAUGGACAGUGAAAUCAUCCCAGAUGCUGAGCUUGCACCAGUGAAGAACGAAUUCCCAGCAUUCCUUGGUCGUCCAUGGGGUAAGCUAUCCAAAGCUAUCAUUAUGCAAACUUACAUUGACGAUAUGGUACACCCCGAAGGUUGGACUAGUUGGGAUCCCAAAGAACCGACAAAUCUUUGCCAAUACGCCGAGUUCAAUAACACUGGCCCUGGUGCUUCCACUUCCCUUCGUGUUAAAUGGGCUGGAGUUAGGUUGCUUAACGAGGCAGAGGCCAUUAACUACACUCCACCCAAGUUCUUUGACAUCGGUGAUGCUUGGAUUAAGGAGUCCGGAGUCCCUUACACCUCAAAUCUUUCCACUGGUAAAACUGAAGACAAAGGGUUGAUCCCUACGUCCCUAGAUGUUCCCGCUAGUAAAUCCGAAAACAAUGGGUUCAUCCCUACCUCCCCAGAUGUUCCCGCUAGUAAACCUGAAAACAAUGGGUUCAUCCCUACCUCCCCAGAUGUUCCCGCUAGUAAACCCGAAAACAGUGGGCUCAUCCCUACCUCUCCAGAUGUUCCCGCUAGUAAACCCGAAAACAGUGAGGUGAUCCCUACCUCCCCAAAUGUUCCCGUUAGUAAACCCGAAAACAAUGGGUUCAUCCCUACCUCCCCAGAUGUUUCCGUUAGUAAACCCGAAAACAGUGGGUUGAUCCCUAUCUCUCCAGAUCUUUCCGCUAGUAAACCUGAAAACAAUGGGGUGGUCUCUAUCUCCCCAAAUCUUUCCGCUAGUAAAGCCGCACACAAAGGGGAGAUAAAGCUGAAGAAACAUAAACACAAGAAAAAGAAGCACCAUGGGAAAGGGAAGAAGCACCAUGGAAAAGGGAAGAAGCACCAUAGGAAAGGGAAGAAGAAAGGGAAGAAAUCCAAGAAGCACCAUGGAAAAGUUGAGGCGAAAUCAAUAAUCCAAGCUUAACUUCUAAAUUAUAUUAUCCAUUUCUAUAAUAUUUUUUUUAUAUAUUAUAUAUUAAAUUACUAAUGCAGCAAAGUUAUCAGCUCCUUACAAGAACAA